AUGGCAGCGGCGAGGCCUCUCGUGACUGUGCAGGGCCUGGAUGGCGCUGCGGGCGAGCAGUCGGCGCUGCCCGCGGUGUUCACCGCCCCGAUCCGGCCCGACAUCGUGCGGACCGUGCACACCAACAUGGCCAAGAACAGCAGGCAGCCGUACGCUGUCAGCAUGAAGGCGGGCCACCAGACCGCGGCUGAGUCGUGGGGCACUGGCCGUGCCGUGUCGCGUAUCCCCCGCGUGCCCGGCGGUGGCACGCACCGCGCUGGCCAGGGUGCCUUUGGCAACAUGUGCCGCGGCGGCCACAUGUUUGCGCCCACCAAGGUGUGGCGCCGCUGGCACCGCAAGAUCAACGUCAACCAGAAGCGCUACGCCGUGGCCAGCGCGCUGGCGGCCAGUGCUGUGCCGGCGCUGGUGACUGCGCGCGGCCACCGCAUCGAGCAGGUGCCUGAGGUGCCGCUGGUCAUCAGCGACGCCGCCCAGAGCAUCACCAAGACCUCCAAGGCCGUCGAGGUGCUCAAGGCGGUGGGUGCCCUGCCCGACGCCACCAAGGCGCGCGACAGCAAGGCGCUGCGCGCCGGCAAGGGCAAGAUGCGCAACAGGCGCUACACCCUGCGCAAGGGCCCCCUGGUGGUGUUUGCCAGCGACGACGGCAUCAGCAAGGCCUUCCGCAAUCUGGCGGGCGUGGAGGUGGCCAGCGUGGAGCGCCUCAACCUGCUGCAGCUGGCGCCCGGCGGCCACCUGGGCCGCUUUGUGGUGUGGACCAAGGGCGCGUUUGAGGCGCUGGACAGGGUGUACGGCACCACCACCACGGCCUCGGAGCAGAAGAAGGGCUACAAGCUGCCGCGGCCCAUCAUGGCCAACGCUGACGUGGCGCGCCUCAUCAACAGCGACGAGGUGCAGAGCGUGGUGCGGCCGCCCAAGGAGGCGGCCAUCAAGAGCCGCCCGCUCAAGAAGAACCCCCUCAAGAACCUGGGCGCCCUCGUCAAGCUCAACCCCCACGCCAUCGUCACGCGCCGCAACGCCGUCCUGGCUGCCGACCGCCGCGGCAAGGCGCGCGCGGAGAAGCUGGCCAAGCUGCGCGCGGGCGAGCCCUCGGGCGCGCCCAAGAGGAGCAAGGACGCCGCCGCUGUCGGCAAGGCCUUCUACAAGCAGCUGAUCGUGGACUCGGAGUACCAGGGGGAGGACUACGAGGUGUUCUCCAAGUGGCUGGGCGUCAGCGAGUAG